AUGAUCACGUCAGUAGGCGGAGCGGUCGCCGGACCAUCGCGGAUUAGAGCUGUACAAUCUGCUUCCCGUGCUGUAGCGGCAUCACCGUUGUCGUCUAGAGCUUCCACUAGAUUGCUUCAAUCAGCUUCAUUCUCCAGCUCUUGCAAGGCACAGACUUCAACACGACGCUUCCAAGCAUCUGCAUCGCUGCUGUCGAACAGCAAAGGCAAGCAGCGAGCGCUCGAGCCAUCCUUCUUCCCUUGUUCUGCAGUGACGUGCACAUGUAACGCCCAGCAAAGGCGGUAUCAGCAGACUUACCUCCGCACCCUGUCGCCCAAUGGUGGUCAGGUACGGAUCCAGCUCAAGUCGACUUGCAACGGCGUAUUCGGCCUUUCGACCUCGCGAGGCACACGUGCCUACCAGGAAGACACUGCAUCUGUCUCCUGCCUCCACGUCCCAGUCAACGAGUUGAGGCGCAACUACCUCAAGCUUCACUCGCUCUCUUCGUCCGCUGCAGGAGCAUCAGCAGCCAAUGCAGCGUUGCAAUGGGAUCCGGAAAAGGCUGGAGGGAAAGAGAUUGCAGGUCAAGUGGUUUGGUUUGGCUGCUUCGAUGGACACGGUGGUCAGCAAGUAUCGAGCUUCUUGCGCGACCAGCUGCACAAGACAUUUGAAAGUGUAGAGACCGAUAUGGUGACAGAUACAGUCCAAUAUACUAGAGAGCAUGGCGGAUACUUCCGUCGCUUCACGGGUGGUAUAUUGGAGCGCUGGGUGAGGAAGGACAAGCUGAAGCCCGUCCGAGCUGGCCCGGCGGCUGGACGACGGUUGCCUCCAGGAGCACCUGUCAAGAAGGACGAUACCAGCAAAACUGACGCUCAAGGACAAGGCUCGAAAUCGGAGGGAUCGGGAAAGCAAGUCGACCACCUCACAAAUCCAGAAACACUGUCUAAUAUGUUGAGUCAUGAAGGCAAGCCAGCGAGCUCAAACCAACCUUCAGGUUCGAGCAAGACCAUCCUCCAGCCCACACGACAAGAAGGAGCCAUCAAGCUCGGAGGCAAAAUCGAACCUAUUGGAAACAGCGGAUCGGAUCUCCCAACUCCCACUGGCAGUGCAGACUCGGGAUGGGACUCGCUCAUCGAACGCAUCCCACCUCCGGAUGGAAUGGAAAAGGAGACCAUGACCAUGGCCGAAAGACUUACUCUCGCAUGGCUUGUCGCAGAUCGCCAGAUCCAGUCCUCACCCAAGCUCGACGUCGGAGGCAGCACUGCUUCAGUCGCCCUCUUGCAUUCGCUCGAUAUGCCUUGCGUUCCCUGGUAUUCUUCCGAGUUUGUGGGAGUCCAUGUAGCUCAUGUCGGCGACACACGCGUUCUCCUCUGCGCAGCGAAAGACGGCAAAGCUGUCCCGCUCACCACCUACCAUCACCCGGACGACCCGUCCGAAUCAGAACGACUGCGCAAGAUGGGCGCAGGUAUGAUCACCGAUUCCUUCGGCGAGGCGAGAUGGAUGGGUGCACUUGCAAACACGCGUGCAUUCGGCGAUUCGAGGUUCAAAAAGGUCGGCAUCACUGUUGAGCCCGAGAUCGUCUCUCAGGUGAUUAGGGGCAGUGACUACGGCUUGCUCAUUGCGUUUAGUGACGGUGUCGGUAGCGUCAUGUCUGAUCAAGAAGUGGUGGAUCUGUGCAGGAACGCAAGGCACCCGAGUCAAGCAGCCCAAAGCGUGUUGACUUUCGCGGAAGAGCUUGGCGCUCAAGACAAUUGCACCGUCAUGGUCAUCCCGCUGAAAGGCUGGGCCCAGGUCGGAGGUCAAGACAUGACGAGGGAGAGGAGGGAGAUGCGUCGGUCCAAGAUUGACCUGUACCGCGAUAAUCGUCAGUGA